GGUGGGUGGGGGGAAGGGAGAGAGAGCGAGAGCGCGGCGGUGAGGAGGGAGGGGGUGAGAGUUGAGAGUUCAGCGGCCGCCGCCACUGCUGCCAGCCCGGACUCAUGAUUCCCAUAUGCCCGGUAGUUUCCUUCACCUAUGUGCCCAGCCGGCUGGGGGAAGAUGCCAAAAUGGCCACCGGCAACUACUUUGGAUUCACCCAUAGCGGGGCUGCUGCCCAGUAUAGCCAGCAGCCAGCUUCGGGUGUAGCCUAUUCCCAUCCAACUACAGUUGCUAGCUACACUGUCCAUCAGGCUCCAGUAGCUGCACACACGGUUACUGCUGCAUAUGCCCCAGCAGCAGCUACAGUUGCAGUAGCCAGGCCUGCACCAGUAGCUGUUGCAGCUGCUGCCACAGCUGCUGCCUAUGGAGGUUAUCCUACGGCACACACGGCGACAGAUUACGGUUAUACCCAAAGACAACAGGAAGCCCCACCACCACCUCCUCCGGUCACUACACAAAACUACCAGGACUCCUACUCAUAUGUUAGAUCCACUGCCCCAGCUGUGGCUUAUGACAGUAAGCAGUACUAUCAACAACCAACAGCAGCAGCGGCUGCAGUGGCUGCUGCUGCCCAGCCUCAGCCUUCUGUAGCCGAAUCGUACUACCAGACAGCUCCAAAAGCAGGAUAUAGCCAAGGAGCAACUCAGUAUACUCAAGCCCAGCAAACUCGACAAGUGACAGCCAUAAAACCAGCCACCCCAAGUCCAGCUACAACUACUUUCUCCAUAUAUCCAGUAUCCUCCACUGUGCAGCCAGUAGCAGCUGCAGCAACUGUCGUUCCAUCCUAUACUCAGAGUGCUACUUACAGUACAACAGCAGUUACUUACUCUGGUACCUCUUAUUCUGGCUAUGAAGCCGCAGUAUAUUCAGCAGCAUCGUCCUAUUACCAGCAGCAGCAGCAGCAACAGAAACAGGCGGCGGCAGCGGCGGCUGCUGCUGCUGCAACAGCUGCCUGGACAGGGACCACCUUUACUAAAAAGGCACCAUUCCAAAAUAAGCAGCUGAAACCAAAACAACCUCCCAAACCACCACAGAUCCACUAUUGUGAUGUUUGUAAAAUCAGUUGUGCUGGACCACAGACUUAUAAAGAACAUUUGGAAGGCCAGAAACACAAAAAGAAAGAAGCGGCAUUAAAAGCAUCUCAGAACACUAGCAACAGCAGUACUUCUGCUCGUGGAACUCAGAAUCAGUUGCGCUGUGAGCUCUGUGAUGUGUCUUGUACAGGAGCAGAUGCAUAUGCUGCCCAUAUUCGUGGAGCUAAACAUCAGAAGGUGGUUAAGUUGCACACAAAACUUGGGAAGCCAAUUCCUUCAACUGAACCAAACGUUGUUACCCAGUCUACUUCCUCAACAGCUGCAUCUGCUUCCAAACAGACUGCCUCUGCUUCAAAUAUUGCAACUAGCAGCAGCACUGUGAACUCCUCCGUUACAUCUUCUGCAGUGAAAAUUCUUACUCCCACAGCAAGCACACCAAUUAACUCCGCAUCCAACAGCAAAGUGUCCGUAGUUGCUGCUAAUAUACCUGUAAAGAAAAUAUCUACACCGAAAAUAAACUUUGUUGGCAAGUACAGAAGUGGUAAUAAGCUACAGACAACAGGAAGUAAACAGGAAGAUAUGAAAGCAGUUGAAAAUGUUAAGAAUACGCCUUUGGUUGCUGUUGUACAGACGCAGGAAGUAAAACCAGAUACGGCAUCAGAACCAGUUACUCCAACAACUCUUGCUGCUUUGCAGAGUGAUGUCCAGCCAGUGGGCCAUGACUAUGUGGAGGAGGUACGGAAUGAUGAAGGGAAGGUGAUCCGCUUUCACUGCAAACUCUGUGAGUGCAGCUUUAACGAUCCUAAUGCCAAGGAGAUGCAUCUAAAAGGAAGGCGGCACAGGCUUCAAUAUAAAAAAAAAGUAAAUCCAGAUUUGCAAGUAGAAGUAAAGCCCAGUAUCCGAGCAAGAAAAAUUCAAGAAGAGAAGAUGAGAAAGCAGAUGCAGAAAGAAGAAUAUUGGAGAAGACGAGAAGAGGAGGAACGUUGGAGGAUGGAAAUGAGACGCUAUGAGGAGGACAUGUACUGGAGGAGGAUGGAGGAGGAGCAGCAUCACUGGGAUGACCGUCGCCGAAUACCUGAUGGAGGAUAUCCUCAUGGCCCUCCAGGACCUCUAGGCUUGCUAGGCGUCAGACCAGGAAUGCCUCCUCAGCCCCAGGGACCAGCUCCUCUGCGUCGUCCAGACUCAUCUGAUGACCGUUAUGUGAUGACCAAACAUGCAGCCAUUUAUCCAACUGAGGAGGAACUUCAGGCAGUCCAAAAAAUAGUUUCCAUCACUGAGCGUGCUCUGAAACUUGUGUCUGACAACAUGACUGACAAUGAAAAAACUAAGGGCAAAGAGGGAGAUGAUAAGAAAGAUGGCAGUAAAGACAGAGCUUUGAAAGGAGUUUUACGGGUAGGAGUUUUGGCUAAAGGCUUACUUCUCCG